AUGGCUUCCCCAGAACCUAAGAGCCUGGUCCCUUUCACCAGAGAGUCUCUUGAAGUUAUGGAACAGCAUAGUGCUAAAAAGCCCAGUGAGGAAGGCAAAGAAGAUUUAAAGCCGAACAGUGACUUGGAAGUUGGAAAAGAGCUUCCAUUUGUUUAUGGAAAUCUUCCUCAAGCAAUGGUGUCAGAGCCAUUGGAAGAUGUGGACCCAUACUACACUAAUAAAAGGACUUUCAUAGUAUUAAAUAAAAAGAGAACAAUAUUCAGAUUCAGUGCUACCUGGUGUACAUUGUCUCCUUUCAAUUCAAUUAGAAGAGCAACCAUUAAGAUUUUGGUACAUCCCUUUUUCCGACUAUUCAUUUUGGUUAGCGUCCUGACUGACUGCAUAUUUAUGUCUAUGACUGAUUUUCCAAAAUGGGGGCCAGCAUUUCAGAAUACUUUGCUUGGAAUUUAUACAUUUGAAAUACUUGUAAAACUCAUUGCAAGAGGCAUCUGGGCAGGACCUUUUUAUUUCUUUGGUGAUUCAUGGAACUGGCUUGAUUUCAGUGUAACUUUAUUUGAGCAUAUUUCAAGAUAUUCACCUCUAAAUUUCAUUUCCGUAUUUAGAAUUGUGAGAAAUUUGAGAAUUUUGAAAAUUAUUCCUUUAAACCAAGGAAUGAAGUCUUUUGUAGCGAUACUCAUCCAUUGUUUGAAGAAACUCACUGUGGUCAUUAUCCUAACUGUCUUUUUUCUGAGUGUAUUUUCUCUAAUUGGGAUGGGGCUCUUCAUGGGCAAUCUGAAGCAUAAAUGUUUGCGAUGGCCCCAAGAAAAUGAAACUGACAUGCUGAAUAAUAGAACUGGAAACCCAUAUUAUAUUCGAGAAACAGAAAACUUUUAUUAUUUGGAAGGAGAAAGAUAUGCUCUUCUUUGUGGCAACAGAUCAGAUGCUAGUCAGUGUCCUGAAGGAUAUGUGUGUGUAAAAGCUGGUGUAAAUCCUGAUGAUGGCUACACAAAUUUUGACAGCUUUGGCUGGGCCUUAUUAGCUCUAUUUCGGUUAAUGACUCAGGAUUACCCUGAAGCACUUUAUCACCAGAUCCUUUAUGCUUCUGGGAAGGUCUACAUGAUAUUUUUUGUGGUGAUAAGUUUUUGGUUUGCCUUUUAUAUGGCAAGUUUGUUCUUAGGCUUACUUGCUAUAUCCUAUGAAGAAGAAAAGCAGACAGCUGCUGAAAAAGCUACGGUUGAUCAGGAAUUUCAGAAGUCUUUACCAGAACUUCAAGAAGAAAAAAUAACAGCAGAGACCAAGACCAUACAAAUAGAAAUGAAGAAAAGAUCAUCAACUUCUAUGAUUACUUCUUUGGAUGCGCUGGAUGAUGCUACUGUCAGCCAUAAAGAAGAGCUUAAAAAAUCCAGGCAGAGAUGCCCAUUUUGUUGGUAUAGAUUUGCUAAAACUUUCUUGAUCUGGGAUUGUUCUCCUUGUUGGUUAAAAUUGAAAGAGUUUGUUUACAGGAUUAUAAUGGACCCAUUUACCGAUCUUUUCCUUACCAUAUGCAUAAUUCUAAACAUAAAUUUUUUGGCCUUGGAACACUAUCCAAUGAGUCUGGAAACCAGCAAUAUUCUCAGCAUUGGAAACAUGGUGUUUAUAGGAAUUUUCACAACAGAAAUGAUUUUUAAAAUAAUUGCCAUGCAUCCAUAUGGAUAUUUCCAAGUAGGCUGGAACAUUUAUGAUAGCCUAAUUGUGUUCCAUGGUUUAGCAGAACUUUAUCUAACAAAUUUUCAUGGACUGGCUAUUUUACGAUCAUUCAGGGUGUUACGAAUUUUUAGAUUGGGAAGAUACUGGCCAACAUUUAAGAUUCUGAGGCUGACUCUGUGUAACUCAAUUGUGGCCCUGAAAGACUUGGUCCUGCUGUUGUUCAUAUUUAUGUUCUUUUCUGCUGUGGUUGGCCUAAACCUGUAUGGUUCAAAUUACAAAAAGCACGUCUGCAACAUAAAUGAAGACUGUCAGCUUCCACACUGGCACAUGCGUGAUUUCUUCCAUUCCUUCCUGAAUGUAUUCCGGAUUCUCUGUGGAGAGUGGAUAGAGACUUUAUGGGAUUGCUUUAAGGUAGCAGGCCAAUUCAGUUGUAUUCCUUUUUACAUGAUGGUGAUUUUAAUUGGAAAAUUAUUGAUACUUUACCUGUUUCUGGCGUUGAUCAUCUCAUUUAGUUCAUACAAGCCUGCAACAACUGAUGAAGAAAAUGAUGAAGCAAAAAAUCUCCAGCGUGCAAUGGCAAGAAUUAAAAAAGGAAUAAAUUAUGUGCUUUCUAAAAUAUUAUGCAAAAAACAAAAUGUUCUAAAGGAAACAAUGGACGAUAUAAGUGAUGUCUAUGUUAAAGAGAAUAUUUCUGACCAUACUCUUUCUGAAUUGAGCAACACCCAAGAUUUCCUCAAGGAUAAGGAAAAAAGCAGCGGCACAGAGAAAAACACAAUGACGGAAAAUGAGAGUCAGUCACUAAUCCCCAGUCCCAGUGUCUCAGAAACUGUACCGAUUGCUUCAGAAGAAUCUGAUAUAGAAAAUCCGGACAAUAAGGAGAUUCAGAGCAAGUCAGGUGAUGGAAGCAGCAAAGAGAAAGUAAAGCAGUCGAGCUCAUCUGAAUGUAGUACAGUUGAUAUUGUUCUCUCUGAAGAAGAAAUGGUCUAUGAACAUGAAAAGCCAAAGCACCUUAGAAAUGUUUAUGAACGAAGAUCUUCAUCUGCUCAAAUCGGUAGAGGCCCCAAGAAAGGAAAAAUCUGGCAGAACAUACGGAAAACUUGCUGCAAAAUAGUAGAAAACAGUUGCUUUAAGUGUUUUAUUGGCCUUGUCACUCUGCUUAGCACAGGUGCUCUGGCUUUUGAAGAUAUAUAUAUUGAUCAGAGAAAGACUAUUAAAAUCUUAUUAGAAUAUGCUGAUAUGAUCUUCACUUACAUCUUUGUUCUGGAAAUGCUUCUAAAGUGGAUGGCGUAUGGUUUUAAAGCCUAUUUCACUAAUGGCUGGUACAAACUAGACUUCAUGGUUGUUAUGGUGUUCUGUCUUAGUUUAAUAGGCAAAUCUCGGGAAGAACUAAAACCACUUGUUUCCAUUAAAUUCCUUCGGGCACUCAGAGUUCUAUCUCAAUUUGAAAAACUGAAGGUGGUAGUGAGUGCUUUGAUUAAAACAACUUUACCCACAUUGAGUGUGUUUCUGGUCUGCCUUAUGAUCUGGCUGGCUUUUGGCAUCAUAGGAGUUCACUUAUUUGCUGGCAAAUUCUAUGAGUGCAUUGACCCAACAAGUGGAGAAAGGUUUCCUCUAUCUGAAGUCAUGAACAGAAGUCAAUGUGAAACCCUUGUAUUUAAUGAAUCCAUGCCAUGGGAGAAUGCAAAACUAAAUUUUGAUAAUGUUGGAAUCAGUUUUCUUUCACUGCUUCAAGUAGCAACAUUUAAUGGAUGGAUCACUAUUAUGAAUUCAGCAGUUGAUUCUACUGAUGUAAAUAUGCAACCUCAUUUUGAAAACAACAUCUAUAUGUAUUGUUACUUUAUUGACUUUAUUAUCAUUGGAUUAUUGCUUCCUCUGAGUAUGUUGAUUGGUGCUAUUGUUGCCAAUUUCCACAAGCAUAAAAUAAAGAUAAGUAUAAAUGGAGGCUCAAAUAUCUUUAUAACAGUCAAACAGAAGAAACAGUACCGUGCACUGAAGAAGCUGAUGUAUGAAGAUUCUCAAAAACCAGUACCUCUCCCAGAAAACAAGUUCCAACGAUUCAUCUUUGACUUGGUAACAAGUCGAGUUUUUAAUAUCAUCAUUAUGACUCUUAUAUGUUUCCAAGCAAUAACCAUUAUGAUACAAAGUGAUGAACAGAGCCCAAAAAUCAACACUGCUCUGUUUUGGAUUAACUCAGUUUAUGUUGUGCUCUAUAUUGGAGAAUGUGUACUAAAGCUCAUCGUUUUCCAUUGUAACUAUUUCGCCAGUGGAUGGAACAUUUUUGACUUCAUGGUGGUUGUUUUCUCUAUUACAGGACUAUUUCUGCCUCUGAUGGUAGGAUAUUACCUUGUAUCUCCUUCCCUUGUGCAACUGAUACUUCUCUCACGGAUCAUCCACAUUCUGCAUCCUGAGAAAGGACUAAAGCUGUUCCAUAAGCUGCUGCUUCCUUUGAUGCUGUCCCUCCCCGCCUUGUUGAACAUCAGUCUUCUCAUCUUCCUGAUCAUGUUUAUCUACGCCAUCUUCGGAAUGUACAAUUUUGCAUAUGUUAAAAAGGAAGCUGGAAUUGAUGAUAUGUCCAACUUUGAAACCUUUGGCAGCAGUAUGCUCUGUCUUUUCCGAGUUACAAUAUUUGCUGGUUGGGAUGGGAUGCUCAAUGCAAUUUUCAAUAGUAAAUGGUCUGACUGUGAUCCUGAUAAAAUUAACCCUGGGACUCAGGUUAGAGGAGACUGUGGCAAUCCCUUUCUUGGCAUUAUUUAUUUUGUCAGUUACAUCCUCUUAACUAGGCUGAUCAUUGUAAACAUGUACAUCGUUGUUGUCAUGGAGUUUUUAAAUAUUGCUUCUAAAAAAAAAGCCAAGACUUUGAGUGAGGAAGAUUUCAGGAAAUUCUUUCAGGUAUGGAAGAGGUUCGAUCCUGAUAGAACCCAGUAUAUAGACUCUAGCAAGCUUUCAGACUUUGCAGCUGCUCUGGAUCCUCCUCUUUUCAUGGCAAAACCAAACAAGGGCCAGCUUGUUGCCAUGGAUCUUCCCAUGGCUGUUGGAGACAGAAUCCAUUGCCUUGACGUCUUACUUGCUUUAACAAAGAGAGUUUUGGGUAAAGAUUUGAGCAUGGAGAAAGUUCUUUCAGAGAUGGAAUCAGGAUUUACAUUAGCUAACACUUUUAAGAUUACAUAUGAGCCAAUUACAACUACUCUGAAACGAAAACAAGAGGUAAUCUCAGCAACCAUCAUUCAGCGUGCUUAUAAAAGUUACCGUUUGAGGCAAAAUGACAAAAAUACUUCAGAUACUCAUAUGAUAGAUGGUGACAGGGAAGUUCAAGCUAUCAAAGAAGAUUCCUAUAUUGAUAAAGCUGAGGGAGUGUCAAUAAUUCAAAGCCCGAUAUAA